GCCGCACGCUCGGCCGUUUCCACACUGGCGCUGUUCGUAAUCCCGCUGGGCCCGUGGGCCGAGGAGCAGGUGGUGCCGGACGGCAUGGGCACGGAUGCGGAGCCACCGGCCGGGCCGCACCUGCUGUCGCUGGCGGACAUGGGCGCGCUCGGCUUCGACUGCGCGCUCAAGCCAGCGCCUGCGCUACCCGCCGGCGCCGGCGGCGCGCCCGCAGAUCUCAACACGCCCGUCUCUACCUCCGAUCUGCCGGCCUUCUUCCCCAGCCUGCUGGAGCCACCACCCAUAUCAGGAUCUCUAGCGGGCGACGAGCUGUCGUUGGGGUGUUCCCCGCGGCGCCACAAGCACGAGGCGUCGCUAUCGCCAGGUGCGCGGGCCGAGGACGCCAGCAACGCAUCCAGCGCUAGCGCCAGUGCGUCACUGUACGGGCCGCCGACCGCCAAACGUGCGCCCUCGCCGCCGCUACAGUGGCUGCUGCCGCCCGGCCCUGGCCCCGGCCUCGACAAGUAUUUCCAGCAUGAGUACGAGGAGCGCGUCGACUUGUUGCCUCCCGAGUGCCAACCCGCGUACUGCGCACCGCAGCAACCCUGCGCGCCCCAGCACUGCGAGUACCGCCCGCCGCCCCCGCAUCACACACAGCAUCAACCGCACCAGCCGCACCCGUCGCACCAGCCACACCCGGCGCAGCAGCACUGGGAAGCGCAGGAGUACUCCGCGCCGCCGCAGCCUGCGCCCGGUCCCUCCGGCCUGCCCAAGCGCGAGCCCUACCCCAGCCCUGUUGGCGACCGACCCGUGCAGCUCGCAGAGUACAACCCCUCCACGAGCAAGGGCCACGAGAUCCUCUCGCAGGUGUACCAGCAGAGUGCGCAGCCUCUGCGACUCGUGGCCGUUAAGCCGCGCAAGUACCCCAAUCGGCCGAGCAAGACGCCCGUGCACGAGCGGCCGUACGCCUGUCCAGUGGACGGCUGCGACCGCCGCUUCUCGCGCUCAGAUGAGCUCACACGGCACAUUCGUAUCCACACGGGCCAGAAGCCGUUCCAAUGUCGCAUAUGUAUGCGCUCCUUCAGCCGCUCCGAUCACCUCACGACACACGUGCGCACACACACUGGCGAAAAGCCGUUCGCGUGCGAUGUUUGUGGCCGCAAGUUCGCGCGCUCCGACGAAAAGAAGCGGCACGCUAAAGUGCACCUCAAGCAGCGGCUGAAGCGCGAGCGCGGCUCCGCGCCCCCGCACGAGCCGCUCUAGCGCACGCGCCACCCUGCGCUCGCGCCCCGCCGACACAUUCCACUCGCGCCGCGCCUUCUCUCAGCGGCCACGGCACACGUUGAAGUUAUCAAAUAAUUUCAUCGCCUAGGUGUAAGCACUGUCUUAAAUGAAGCUUUAUUAAGUCUACAUUUGUAAAUUCACUGAAAUUUAUAUGUAGGUAAUAUAUCUUUUUAUACACAUUUGUAAUUAAUAUGUUGGAUAUGAUCGACCCGAAGUAUUCGUUGAACUAUCAUCAGAUUUAAUCGAUCUGGAUCGGGAACAAGUGUAGACUGCUAGCGGUGCGGCCUAAAACUAUGUAUGAAACGCAUCCGAGGUAUUGUAGAAUCGCCGCCGAGGAUCCUCUGCGCGACGUCCGCACAUAUCUAGAUUGCGCGGCGCGCACCUGACGAAGGAAAAAAACUUCUUUUAUAAACUAAAUUGUUUAAAUUCGAUGUGAGUGCAUUAUUAUUAAUUACUCUUAGAGAAGUGAAAUGAACUGUGCCUACAUAUGAGUAGGGGAAAUGUGAAGGGUGAGACGAGGCACACCGGCCGGGCGUGUACUUCAACCGCGAGGCGACUCUCGGUCGGUAAACUUUGUUUGACUUUGUUAAUUAUUUAAGUAUUGUAUUAUAUAUUUAUUAAUCUUAUAUACUUGACUAAACUAACGUGAAAUUGUGCCAUUCGUUUAACUUAAUACUGCGUGCCACGGCAGUUUGAAUGAUACUAAAUGUAACACGACUGCUAUUUAAGUGAUAGGUGUAAAACCUGAUGUUAAUAUAACGCUACGUAUUUUGUUUUAUAAUAUUUCUAGUCGAAAAUGUGAACGAGUGAAUGUCGACUAUUGUUUUUUCUUCAUAUACUUUAUUUUAUUGUUUUAUUUUUACAUUUUAUAUUAAUUUUCGACAGCCACUGUCAAUCUUUACUCUUGCUCAAUUGAUUUGUUUAACAAAAUUUGCUCAAAUCUCUCUGACACGAACAUUAUUGCACUAACGCCUGUUUAGUAUAAUGCCUUGCUCUCUCUUUUAUUUGUUCUAACACAUUACUUCUCUUACUUCCUGCCAGUGGUAUUUUGUGCUUGUAUCCUCGUGCGUGUAGACUAAUCUAGCUAAAUUAAUUAACGUGUAGGUAUAAAAUUAUGAUCUCUUAAUCUUUAUUAAUAAUUUGCGAGUAUAGCCCUCGGAGUGAUGGGCUUUUUAUUUAUAAUACUCAUAAGUACAUGUAGUUACUUAUAAGAUUAAUUUUGUAUUUAGUUUAAAGUUACUGUGAUUAAGUUACAACUCGUUGUCAAGUCACCGUUGCUUUCGCUCGGUUUGUACAAUUACAUCGAAUUGUUACUCUAGCAUUUUCACGAUCAAAAUCUGUCUACGAUUGUUUAUCAGUACAAAAUUAAGCACAAAUAGCCUAACUUAAUACAUGAAAACGUGACUCGUAUUGUUAAUAUUAUAAUCGCCCUGCCUUAUACCUAUAAGGUAGGUUUGGUGCAAUGUCUGUUUAAAAUUUAUAUUUAUUAUAUAUUUAAUUAUGCGUUGCAUUGUUCUGUUAAUCGUUCAAACUAUUUAUCAUGUGUAAUUUAAGAACAAACGUUCCACCAGAAAAAAGUGUUAAGUACUUUUUUUAACAAUGAUAUAAAAACAGACAGGGUGGUACUUUGAAUGGCGAUGGUCUUUAUAAAUUUAGGACAUCUGACAAUAAUAUUACUGACCCUCGCUCCGCCGGUUUUUACAAUGAAACUGCAAUUUUUUUUGCUGAAAUCAACUAUCAAAUCGAUAAAUUACAAACGUAAAAGAACACUGAGACCAAAGCGAGUUUGAUAUCAAAAUGACACGGAUUUGGUUCGUAUCGCCACAUUAUUUGUCAGGAAAGCUAAUUUCGCGAAACCUUAUGCCUAGGUGAUUCUACAUUCCGCUUAUAUCUGUUGACUUUAGAUGUUACGCUUCGCUUUGGUUUCGGUUCGCUUUUACGACUGUUUACAGCGUUUACAAGUCCAUGAGGUAGUUCCGUUUUAAAUUCAAACCACUUUAUGUUACACAGCAUUGGAAAAACAUCCUACAUAUGUCCACUAAGAUCGCCUUGUUAUUGUUUACAGAUUGCAUAUCUCUACCUAAAUUAUUUCUAACGACUAUUUCAUAUAUAACUAGAGAAGCUGUUAAACUAUUAUACAUUUUAUAGAUAUAUUUCACGCCCUCCACGAUGCCAGAGCUCGUCAAUUAGAAUAAGCGCCAAAAGAUAAACAUUUGCGUACAACAAAUAUAUGAUAUGGAUACGACAUGUAAUGUACGCGUUUACAAUGUUUUUACUAUUUUAAAGGAGACAAAGUCUCUGUUAGACAAUGCUAGCGUAGAUAGAUAUAUAUAUAAUUAAUGCAUGAUAGACAAACGAGUGACGAUGGAAACUGAGAAGACUAAAUUCUUGAAUUGUUUACGUAAGCAUCUCGUUGACGUUGUUGUAUACGGUACGGCGACUGUGCGAAGUUCGGGUCGCUACAGCGCCGAACCUUGUUUGUGUUCGCUCUGUGGCGGUGCUACGCAUUGUUACUACUUUUUACUUUCACGUUGAUGUUCUAGCUCUUAGUCGAUUUUCAAAUUGAAACAAAAAUAUUUCAAGGUGUUCACCUGAUAGUGAGUAAGUACGAAUUUCUGUAUGAGAGUUAUUUAAGCGAGUGCGCAUGCGCAGUCGUCCGUGCUGCGCUCUACUGAACGGUGUUGUUGAUGUUUUAAACAUAUUGUAAUUAGUUUUUAAUAGGCUUUAAGUAUAUUGUUAAAUCUCACUAAUUUUUACUAAAUUCUAUUUAAUAUAUUUGUAAAUACACUCGGACUAAAUUUGAAUUUAAUGUGUAUAUAAGAGAAAAAGAAAUUUUUAUUUAAUAUGAAAUCACCUAAGGUGCGAAAAUACAAAUUGUUGAAAACUG